AUGUCGUCGACAGUCCAACCACCCAUGUCGACGUCAACGUUAUCUCUGCUCUCGACGCAGUCCAUCAGCAGCUCCAACUUGGGGCUGUCCAGCGGAGACGACAUGCCAGGCAGCUCAAACCGUGAUCGCCGCAGCCCCGACGUCCGUGUAGUCACCCCCAACUCGAGCAACGUGAUUCUCGCGGACACUGCCCGUAUCGUUGGCGACGUGCCUCUCGACGGCGACGCCCAAGACCUUGCCCCUGCCCUCGCGGAGGGAGACUCGGUCAAGCAGCUGCAGCUGCACGACUCGACCAAGUCCAACGAGUCUACCGCGACUGCUACCACUGUCAACACUACCACCACGUCCCGAAGCGUCUCCAACCCAUCCUCUUCCACUAGUAACGCCAAAUUCCGCGCUCGCCCAGCUCCCCCGACCACCAAGAUGGAGGGACUAGGCCCCCGUCUCACGAAAUCAGCAGCGCUGCGCCAAGGACUAAAGUGGGAGGAUCCCCGUGACAUCCGCCGUAUGACUGGCGAGGGCGAGGUUCCAGUCGACUUUGACAAUGUUCCCGGGCACAAGCGCAACUUGGCACUGAACGUUGCCUCUCUUGCACAACCCUCCGUCGCACCCAGGCAAAACCGUGCAGCGCUGCUUCGUCUCGGCCAGGUCCCUGAGGAGAAUGUCAAACCUGAGAGUGCAGAGAUUCGUGCAGAGAUGGCGGCUCGCAACAAGGCGCGCGAGUACCAGGAGCGCCUCGAGAAGCGCAAGCAGGUGCAGAUCCCUGCGAGCCUGACGUCGCCGCCAGAGAUCGCACCUCGUCAAAACCGAGCGGCUCUGCUUCGCCAAGGCCAGGUCCCGACAGAGCAGACGCCGAUGAAGACUGCUCGUGAAAUGGCCGAGGCGGCGGCGAGGAACAAGGCUCGAGACGCAGCCGAACGAGCUGAACGCCGGAAAAGCGUUACUCUUCCAGCCAGCUUGGGAACUCCGCAUAUCGCCCCGCGCUCUAACCGUGCAAGCAUUCUGCGCACAGGUGGAGAUUACCAAGCACCCCAGCCGGGUCAUACCAAGUCGUUCUCUGCUACACCGGUGGGGUCCCGCAGUCGCACGGGCAGCACCGGAGGCGCAAGCUCCAGCUCGGCCACAACGUCGACGACAACCACGAGCGCUGGAGCUACUGCGGGAGAUCGACCAGUGCCCAUACUGAAACCUAGCACGCAACCUCAAACCCAAGCCGGACCGCCACCGCCCAGGCCUGCUAGAUCACAUGCGCGCCUCCGAUCAGAGGCGUCGACUGGAACGGCCGCCACAAGCUCGUCGUCAAGCAGCGCAUCUGCCAGCGUAACCUCAGGAGACAAGGCCAGCGCUGCCCCCCGGCGUGUCACGAUCAACCCAGUGCGGUCUCUGGGCGCGCCCCAGAUUACGCCUCGCCCAAACCGGUCCUCGAUACUGCGCCAUGGCGUCACUGCCAGCACGCCCAGUCCCCUGCCGAUGGUGAGGAGUGAGUCCCACGACUCGAAAGUCUCAAGUACAUCAUCCGUCUCUAUCGGUGGGAUCAGCGCGCCCACGAGCACUGUUAGUACCAACAGCGCGAGCGUCCCCAGCACCAAGGCCGUGCACGCGCCGAGCAUCAACGCGACCCGCCCCCGCCCCGUGUCGACGAUUGUGCCCUCGGGCCCGUCCAGCGCCGCCGCCUACGCGCAACCUCAAACCCAAGCCGGACCGCCACCGCCCAGGCCUGCUAGAUCACAUGCGCGCCUCCGAUCAGAGGCGUCGACUGGAACGGCCGCCACAAGCUCGUCGUCAAGCAGCGCAUCUGCCAGCGUAACCUCAGGAGACAAGGCCAGCGCUGCCCCCCGGCGUGUCACGAUCAACCCAGUGCGGUCUCUGGGCGCGCCCCAGAUUACGCCUCGCCCAAACCGGUCCUCGAUACUGCGCCAUGGCGUCACUGCCAGCACGCCCAGUCCCCUGCCGAUGGUGAGGAGUGAGUCCCACGACUCGAAAGUCUCAAGUACAUCAUCCGUCUCUAUCGGUGGGAUCAGCGCGCCCACGAGCACUGUUAGUACCAACAGCGCGAGCGUCCCCAGCACCAAGGCCGUGCACGCGCCGAGCAUCAACGCGACCCGCCCCCGCCCCGUGUCGACGAUUGUGCCCUCGGGCCCGUCCAGCGCCGCCGCCUACGCCCAGGAGAUGAAGGAGAGGAGGAUGACACAACUCAUGUCUGGUCUCGAGGAGCUCGCCAAGCCCCUGCCCCCGCGCAUCCGCACGUGUGGCCCCGACCCGCCAAACGACAAGCACGUCGCCGACAAGCGAGGACGGCAUGGGUCUCGCCCUCAGCAGCAAGACGCCCUCGCCUCCCCUCGGCGGCAGCGGGAGCAGCAGCAGCACGGCCUCGGGCAGCAGCGAGCGCAAGCAGCUGCGCAUGCGGCACUCGGCGAGCAUGCUGGUCAACCGGCUGCUGCCGAUGAACAAUGGGUCCAAGUCGUCCCUCCUGGGGAACAAGGUGACCAAGGUGGCGUCGAGGGUGUAGCGAGCAGCGAGCGCAGCGAGCUGAGAGCUGUGAGAGCCGCGAGCGCAGCGAGGCCCCGUUCCUUAGCGUUCUUGCUCGGUGGGACAUCGGCCCGACCGGUAUCUGCCGGUAUAUAUGAUCGAAAGUCAGGUGUCACCGGUAUCUCGGCGAGUGAAGCCCACAUUGUCGUCUCGACUUCAUCUCAGUCCUCAGUCCGUGGGCGAUACUGCCCCAGAACCUACUCGGCCUACUCCCCAGAUCUCCCCAAGAACAUACAGGUACCCCAUAUACCCCAGAACCGCCAGAUCCGACAGAGUAUAAAGGAACCAACCAUGAGCGACUCCCAACGCAACCGCCCGCUGGAUUUCAAGACGACAAGCAUCAUGAUCCCCCUCGCCGUUGGGGCCAUAGCCCUGCUAGGCUCUAUAGUGAAGGGCCACAACGACAGCAGCCUAGGCGAGCUCGACCCCAGCAAUAUUCCCGCAAAGGCACAAGUGAUGGACUGGAAGUCGUGGGCGGCGCUCGAGAAGCCACAAAAGCAGAGCGAGAAUGACGGCAGUGUUCUCUUCAUCCCCCCCGGCCACACCCAGGACAGCCUACAGGCGAAGCCCUUCCACAUCUACGACCCGGCCUUCUUGAACAUUAUAGGCGACGACCCCUCCCUCACCCUCCUGGCCACGUCCGCGGUCGAUCCAAUCUUCCACGAAGCGGCGGUAUGGCAUCCGGGCACGGAUUCUGUGUUCUUCGCGCAAAAUGCCGGCGCCAAGGCGGCCGGAACGGGACUUGCGAAAUCCGCCAUAUUGCAGCGGAUCUCUCUCUCCGAGGCCGAGGAGCUCGUUCAGAAGGAGAAACGCGGCCAGAGGCGGGAAUUCGGCGACGAGGUUCAUGUGGAGAGGGUCGAUGCCCACCCCACCGUGGUCAAUCCGAAUGGAGGCAUUCUGUACAAUGACAACGGGGUCAUCUUCGCCGGCGAGGGGAGGGGGGAGGACGUCGCUAGUGCACUGUACCUCAUGAAUCCGAGGCCGCCAUACAAUACGACGGUGCUGAUCAACAACUAUCACGGCCGCCAAUUCAACUCGCUCAACGACGUCGCCCUCCUGCACGAUUGGGUCUACUUCACAGACCCGGACUACGGGCACGUGCAAGAUUUCCGCGCGCGGGUCAACAUUCCGCGACAAGUGUACCGUUUCCAUCCGUCUACGGGCGUAGUCCAAGCCAUCACGGACUCCUUGUUGCGUCCCAACGGGCUCUGUUUCUCCCCCGAUGGGCGGUGGCUCUAUGUCACCGAUACGGGCGCCGCACUGGGCUACGAGGGCAUGGACUGGAGUCUGCCCGCGAGUAUUUAUCGCUUCCCGGUCCGCGAGGAUGGCACGGUCGGAGCUAAGGAGCUCUUCGCGUUUCCCUCGCCUGGCGUGCCCGAUGGCGUGCACGCUGACAGCGAGGGCAAUGUCUACGCCGGACUCGGCGACGGCGUGCAUGUUUGGAACUCUCGCGGUACACUCCUCGGCAAGAUCUACGUUGCCGACACGAGCGCGAAUUUCCAGUUCACCGACAAGGGAAUCGUCAUUCUCGCAGAGACCAAGUUGUGGUAUGCCCAGAUCGCCGCUAGGGGGGACUGUAUCCCCGGCUUGAAGGCUGCAGGCGUGUGUUAG